AUGCCCGAGGUUUAUGCCCCGUUGCCACAAAGGGUCAUGCCCGAAGUUCCUCAAAACAUGCAGAAUGACCUUCAGCGAUUAGAGUCGAGCGCGAAAGCUACCGAGUUCCACCCGGGGGAGGAACGGCCCCUCAAUCCUCUUACUCCGCGGGCUUCACCUCCGAGCGAACCCAGCCCCGGGAUCUUGAAGCCUGCCCAUGUGUCAAACGAUGCGCCCACGUUUUCACCGUUUCCUAAAGUCAAAGGUGAUGGUAUACCUCCUAGCUUUGAAGAGAUUGAGCAAACCCUCUGGGACAACCGGGAGCAGACGCUACAUUCCAACAACGUGCCCAUGCAGCUAGCUUGGGCGAAACAGGUCCUUGCAUGGGUCGAAGUCAUCAUGGAGGAUCUCGAUAGGGAACUCGAUGGCAAGCCCCGACCUCCGACCCCCAAUGCCGAACAUCAGAUGCGGUGGCUCGAAUUCGGCAAGUUCGGCCACCGAAUGGACAAAAGAGAGGCUUACAACGGCUACAAGAAAGCUGCCGAGCUCGGUACGGGGCGGGCCGAAUAUCGUAUGGGCAUGCUCUUCGAGGCUUCGAACGAUAUGAGAAAUGCAAUACAACACUACCAGCGUGGCUUGGAGACCGGAGAUUCCGCGGCAUCCUACCGCCUCGGAAUGAUGAGCCUGAUGGGCCAGCACGGUCAGAUUAAAGACUACCAUCACGGCUUGAGCCUGAUUGAGGCUGCUGCUGACUCCGCCGAUGAGGAUGCACCCCAGGGAGCCUACUCCGCUCUCCUCGGCUUCGCCAAGGCCCAGUUGAAGCUCGGUCAGGCCUACGAGCUCUGUCAACUAGGAUGCGAUUUCAAUCCGUCCUUUUCGCUCCAUUACUAUGGCCUUGCCGCCAAGCAAGGCCAGGCCGAGGCCGCGCUAGGAGUUAGUCGCUGGUUUCUAUUCGGCUAUGAAGGGUUCUUCAACAAGAACGAGCAACUGGCCUACAGGUACGCGAAGCAGGCUGCUGACGGAAAGCUCGCCACCGGUGAAUUCGCCAUGGGCUAUUAUCAUGAGAUCGGCAUCCACGUAUCCAAGGAUCUUCGCGAGGCUAAAAAAUGGUACGAACUUGCCGCCGAACACGGAAAUAAAGACGCCAUUGGCCGCCUUGAAUCAAUCAAUGAGCAAAAGACUCUUACCAAGCACGAUCAUGAAACGACCACUCUGACAAGGAUUAAAUCCCAGCAUGGCUCUAUGCGCGGAAAGCGUCCCGACCGGUUCACCCAAAAGCCGGCUGCCAUGCCUGUCGUGUCUGAGGGAGAUGCGGAGCACCCCGUAUCUCGCCUCGCAUCUCCCCUCACAUGCCGCCAAUCGGCGCCAAUCAAGGGACCCGCCGCAGAUCGGCCCAUGAGCGCGUUUGGAAUUCGACCUCUCAGCGCUGGGUCCUCGGGGAGACCACCGCAAGGGAACUUAGGGCCCGGAGACCAGCGCGGUCGGGUCAAUGCCGCGGGGUGGGAGCCACCGGUGUCGAACGACUAUAGGCAGGCAAGCCCUAGCCCAGCAACGGGGGUGAUUUCAGGCGAGAUCCUUACCGUCAAGACCCGCCACGGCCGGCCACCGUCCAACCUUAUGACGGCCGUCAAGGCGGCCCCACACAAAAUCCCGGCCAGGGCCGCCUGCAAAAGCCUAAUCCUCAUGGACAGCGUCCCGUUAGCUCAAUUGCAGGCGGUCAGUACCCGGGGCCCCAGGGUCCCCGUGAGCCCGCCCUGGCUGGUAGAGAUUACGGGCCCCGGACAUCCUCUCGCCCUAAUCAACUUGGCCAGCAACAGCCACCUCAUCGCCCCGUCUCGGAGUCGUACGGAAGGGGCGCCCCGAACGCCGCAAGGCCUGACCGCUUUGACUCCCUGCCUGCUCACCCUUCGCCGCAUGGCCAUCCCGGUCCCCGACCCGUCAGCCAUAUUGACAGACCACGGCCCCUAG